AUAAAAGUUACCCAAGUUGACGACGUCUACCUCAACUGCUACUAGACAUCCAUCACUUUAAAUUAGUUCUUGUCGUUCGUGGUCUUCCCCAACCACACUGAACUCAUAUUUACGAGCACCACCUUCAAGACGCUGCGGGCGGCAUAGAACACUCCUCCACCAGCUUCUAUCAACGACAACAGAGCGAGGUCCUCCGAGCCAGACAUCGUCAUGGUAUCAGCACACAGUAAACGAAACACCUCCCGUCCAGUCUUCACCUCUCACGAACGCGCCCUCGCUAAAUCCCACUGGUCGUCAUCGUCCGCUCGCCUUCACCGCGAUUCAUUCCUCCCGUUUGGCUCAUGUGGCCUGUGUCUAAACAUUGCCCGCGAACCCGUCUCAUGUCGACGCGGCGAUAUAUUCUGCCGCGAAUGCGCACUAUCCAACAUACUCACGCAGAAGAAGGAAAUCAAACGCGCCCACAAGGCACGCGCCGCUGCUGAGGAAGAGGCCGCUAAGCAGAAAGCGCACGAGGAUGAGCUGGAUCGCGAGCGCGCCAUCCAAGACUUUGAGUUGACGCAGGCUGGUCUCGAUCGCAAGAAUAAGCCAAAGGUAGCCAAGACCGAAGAUGAAAAGGUGGAUGCGACAAUCAGCGAUUCGAACUCGCAGGCUUUGGUAGUAGGAGGUACGAAGCGUAAGUUUGAACUCGACAAGGAUGAACUGGAUCGCAUUGCGCUCGAGGACAGGGCCAAAGCCAGGAAAGCGCUGGAAGAGGAAAAGGCUGCGAAACCUCACCUCCCAUCAUUCUGGACUCCAUCGCUUACACCAGACGCCCAAUCCAGCAAACUCCCACCAGUUGCGAAGAAAGACAAGACCGCACCAACAUGUCCAGCAUCUGCACCCGACAGCCCCCACCCUAUCACCAUGCAAAACCUCAUCACGAUCAACUUCAACGAAGAGGAGACGUCAAAGGGCAAACAGAGAACUUGCCCGUCAUGCUUAAAGAUGCUCACAAACGCCUCCAAACCCAUGAUGACCAGAGAAUGCGGUCAUGUUUUGUGUCACAGUUGUGUUAAACAGUUCAUGAUCCCAUCGUCAAAAAGGACAUCUGCUGAGGAUGUCCCACCCCUGACCUGCUACGUCUGCGACGUACCUCUGACUUCUUCCAUGUCACACAAGACAGAUACCGCCCCUGGCUCUUCGAUACCUGGCUUGAUAGCCCUCCAGUCCGAAGGGACAGGCUUUUCUGCUCACGGAGGAAACACCGUGGAGCGAUCAAGCGUCGCUUUCCAAUGUUGAGACCCUUGCACUGAACCACACCCCAUCACUUCAUCCGCAGCUUUCGCUGUCGCAAAUAGGGCAACAGCAUCAUCACCCAUACACGAACAACAAACCGAUGAAUAACACCCUUGGUGAGCAUUGUCAAUCCGUGACUGAAGAAGCUCUUGAGGAGCUCUCCCUGAAGUCCAGCGUAGAGUGCCUUCAUACCCUCGUUGGUAAUGAUGCGAAUAAUGACGCCAAAUAUGGACUGAUUGAGAAGAUCAAGAAUCCUCCGCAGUAUAUGCUUACGCUUCGAAUUCCCGCUCUGCCCUUUCUCCACAUCAGCAUCCGCCGCGCUACCCGCCAUUUGAAGACGCGUCUUGCCCGUCUGGAAAGGGUAUGUGAUGGCAGUGGCAGUAGCUUUGCUCGAGGCGGCAAUCAAGAAGGCGAUCCAUGCCACUGGAAAGUCCUCAUCUUCGAGGGCUGGCAAGAUACGCGCAGCCAGCCGUCGAUUGACAAAGAAGGUAAUGCUGGGAUUCAGAGUGAGCAUCAGGGUAGCCGAGUAGCCAGACCAGAGACCUAGCAAUCCGCUUUCUUUCUGAAUCUCGGAGAGAAUCUGCAGAAGCGACUGAUCACUCCCCAGCAUCUGCUUCCUCGUGACAACAUUCGAAAUCGGGGUGGUGAGGGCCCGGGCGCACCCUCCAGCGACGGCGCCCACAAGAAGCUCUUCGACAAUCUUAGGUUUGCGAUGUCGAGGGCGUAGGUAGUUGUAGAAUCCAAAGAAUAGAAAACUGUCCACUACCGACUUGGCCACAUCUGUCCCCAGUCCACUGUACAGUGC